CUGUGAUUGCAAUAUAUACCUUCUUUACACACCGUCUGACUAGGACUCGCACUUCGUCUCUGUGACUUACAACUCUGCCUGUCAAAAUAAUAUCAGGAUCCUGCAGCAAACAUGGCUGAUGAAAAAAGACUAUCAGCAAGGCGUAAGCAUACUCUGAAGAGUUGUAUGCUGGUGGUUGCAAAUACUUUGCUGGAGGCUGAAGCUGGAACAAAGUCUGGAGAGCGUGAGAAGUUCCUGGCGGAUAAAUGUCCUCCUCUGGAGCUGCCACACUCCAAGGAGGAGCUGGUGGAACUUGUCAAGAAGCUUCAUGAGGAUGUGGGAGUUAGUGAAGAGGAGAGAUACUGCACUGAGUUUAAGCUGAACAUGGUGCUGAAUGAGGUCAGGGACCUCAACAUAAAGAUUGUGGACCUGAGAGGAAAGUUCAAGAGACCCCGACUGAAGAAGGUGCGCAUGUCUGCUGAUGCCAUGCUGAAGGCUCUGCUGGGCUCCAAACACACCGUCAACAUGGACCUGAGGGCCAACCUGAAGCAGGUCAAGAAGGAGGUCAAAGAGGAGGACAAGCAACUGCGUGAUGUGGGCGACUGGCGUAAGAACAUCGAAGACAAGUCUGAUAGGAAGAAGAUGUUCGAUAGUUAAACUUGACCAGUGCCAGAUUGUUUGUCUCCAGAGGAACUUUCAGUUUUAGUGUCUUUACAACUGAAGAGUUUUUCUCCAAAGUCAAAUAAAACCCAUUUUACUUGCAACAUUGGGUAUUUUUAAAAUCCAGACACAGGAUAUAAAGCUGAAUUUAGACAUCUGUAGAUUUUGGACACGUUCCUUUGGAGAAAUUUUUCAGUCAAACUUUAACUGCCUUCUGUUUUUGCCUGAAUUGGACAUUGAAAAUGAUGUAUUACUGCUGUAUUGUAGACUGUAGUAAAUGAAGAGCAUAUCCUACUACUAAACUACUACUUUUGAAAGAAAAUACUGGUUUACAGUACCAGUCAGAAGUUUUUACAUACCCAUUCCAAGUGAAUUGACAUGUAUGCCCAAACAUUUGACUGGUACUUGGUAACUUCCUGUAAGUGUCAGUGAUAAGAAUGAAGGAUGAAUUGUACAAAAUUAAAGUACCAUUUUUGGUUUGCUGGGUUACCAAAAGGUUUUAGUAAGUUCCUUUGUUUUCAUGAUGGAAUUAAUGUUAUCCACUACGAGGAAAAAAAUCAUCAGCUUCAUUUAUCUAAGCAUUGAUUAAUCACUGAUUAACAUAAGAUCAUUCUCAGAGUAGUGGUAUUAUUUGUAACAGCAGAAACGCUGUGUGUCUUGCAUGACUGAACAGUUAACCUUCAGUAAAGGCCAGCGUUGCAAAAAAGACAAUAAUUCUGUCUUUAGUGUCACCGUGCUCCUUCAUUUUUAUGAUGAUUAAACAUGUGAUGUAAUCUUGUCACUUUUCGCUGUUACAUUAAAUACA